AUGGCCGGGCGGGGCGGCCGCGGCUGCCGGCGGAGCGGCCCCGAGCGCGCCCCGGGGCGCUGGGCUCCCGGGCCGGGCGGCGGCGGCGGGGCCGGGGCGUUUGGGCCGCACGGGGUAUUGGGGGCGGGGGCGGCUUUUAAAGGCGGGGAUCUGGACGGGGGGGGGGGGGCUUUCCGCCCACCGCGUGAAGACAAGGGCUUCAUUGAGACCGACAUCCGCCCCAGCCCGGGAUGGCCGCAGCCCUGCCCAGGCGAGUGUCCCAGCCCCGGGCGCGGCGGCGCGGCCAAGCGGAAGAAGCAGCGGCGGAACCGCACCACGUUCAACAGCAGCCAGCUGCAGGCGCUGGAGCGCGUGUUUGAGCGCACGCACUACCCCGACGCCUUCGUGCGCGAGGAGCUGGCGCGGCGCGUCAACCUCAGCGAGGCGCGCGUGCAGGUCUGGUUUCAGAACCGCCGUGCCAAGUUCCGCCGGAACGAGCGGGCCAUGCUGGCCAACCGCUCCGCCUCGCUGCUCAAGUCCUACAGCCAGGAGGCCGCCAUGGAGCAGCCGGUGGCCCCCCGGCCCACGGCCCUGAGCCCCGAUUAUCUCUCCUGGACGGCCUCAUCCCCCUACAGCUCCGUGACCCCCUACAGCCCUGGGGGUUCGGGCCCCGCCACCCCAGGGGUCAACAUGGCCAACAGCAUCGCCAGCCUCCGUCUCAAGGCCAAGGAAUUCAGUCUCCACCACAGCCAGGUGCCCACCGUGAACUGAGGGCCAGCCCCGCCCACAGUGGAGGAGAGAGCAGGUGCACGGAAGGGAUUCUCACCCGGCCUCUCCCUCCCGACAGACUCCUGAGCCCCAGAGGCUGCUGUGGCCCCGGCGCCCCAUCCACGGCCCCUGGAGGGUGCCGCCCCCCCGUGGAGCGGCUGGGCCCGGAGGCGCCAAGGACCUCACUACUUUGUGUAUUAAAACGCGAGAGCUUUUGUCUUUAAGAAAUAAAACCGUUUUUUUUUUUUUUU